CUUCUCUCUCCUCUCGUUCUAAUUCAAGAUGGCUGUAUAAACUUUUCAUCAGUUACGUUAGUAAGGUUCAUGUGAGGCAUAUUUUGAACCAUUUAAGUUGAACUUUUCGCUCUUUAAAGAUGGGAAAAGAUUCCAAAAAAAAGAAAAAACGUCGUAGCAGGUCUCCAUCUCCAGGAAACCGCGAAAGAAGACGCAGCUCGUCGCCAGAAAACGAGUCUAAGAGACAACCAGAAACUACAAGCCGCGGUUCUAGAAAGAGAGAAAAGGAACUUAUGAAAGCUUUGGAAACACCUGAGGAAAAGAGAGCUCGAAGAUUGGCAAAGAAGCAAGCUAAAGAAAUUAAGAAAAGGAAAGAAAUGGGCUGGGAUGAUGAAGAAUUGAACUACACCAACACAGACAAUCCUUACGGUGAUACACACCUACUAGAGACAUUUAUUUGGCAUAAGAAACAUGAAAAGGAAGGCACGACUCAUUUGAGUGAAGCUGAGAAAGUUCGAAGGAACCAGUUGAAACGUGAGGAAAUGAAGAGGGAACUAGCAAGCGUCAAGAAACGAAGACAGGAAAGAGAGCAUGAGAGAAUGGCCAGGGAUGAAGAGAGGGAAAUGAUGCAACGAGAGAAGGAAGGAGCGUAUUAUAAUGAAUGGGAAAAACAGGAAGAUAUGUUCCACAUAGAGCAAGCAAGAAUGAGGUCAAAGAUACGCAUAGCUGAUGGUCGAGCAAAACCAAUUGAUCUCUUAGCCCAAUAUAUUAACCCUGAUGAAGAAAAUUUGGAGUACCAAAUGCAUGAACCAUAUUCUGUUCUGGUGGGACUCUCCCAGGAUGAUCUUGGUGAUUUGAUUGAAGAUAUGAAACUCUAUCUUGAGAUUGAUGAAGGAAAAAACCAUCAAUUUUGGCAGGACAUGUUGAUUGUCACGAAAAAUGAAGAGAAAAAGCUAAACAAGCAAAACCCUAACAAAGAUCAGUUUCACGAGAGAAGAGAGACGAUUAAUUCGUCAGUGAACACGGAUAUUGAGAAGAUAUUUCGUGGAAAAACCUCAGCACAACUUUCAGCUUUGAGAAGUCAAAUAAAUCAGAAAAUAUCCGGGGGAGGCACCGUUGAUAUUGGAUAUUGGGAAUCUCUUCAACAGCACUUAAACGUUUUCAUGGCAAAAUCCAGACUUCGGGAGAAUCAUCAAAAAUUAUUGAAAGAAAAGUUGGCGACUUUAAAACGUGAGGCCAUCGUGGAAACUCCGAGUACCUCCGGCAAGAAUGAGAAGACUGGUGAUGAUGAUGAUGAAAAUGAAGAAGUGCCUGAGGAGAAAAGUGAGGAUGAUGAUGAAGAUCCUGAUGAAGAAAUGGUGGAGGAUGAGAAGAAAGACAACACAGUUGAACAAGAAGAUUCAGCGAACGAAGUGAAGAGAUCUGAAGAAAUUGUAUUUUCAGAAGAGGAAUUGCUUGAGCGAGGUUACAAAGCUUACGAAGAAGGUCGUUACAGUCCAAUUCUGAUUCGCAUUUCCGACGUAGACCAGGAGAAAUUGGUGGACCCAGAAAAGGAUUUACUUGAUUUGGAAAACCAAAGAGAGAGUGUUAUGUUGGAUGAGAGAACAACGAUGAGUUCAAGCAGUACUACGAUGGAUUUGAGGACUCUGGAGGCCAGUAAAAACAUGGGAGCAGAUGAAGAAACAUUUAAUGUUCCUGUUCCACUUGGACAGAAGAAAUAUCUCUGGCAGGACAAGUAUCGUCCACGAAAACCAAGGUUUUUCAACAGGGUUCACACGGGUUACGAGUGGAAAUAUAAUCAGACCCAUUACGACAUGGAUAAUCCACCACCUAAAAUUGUCCAAGGAUAUAAGUUCAAUAUUUUUUACCCCGACCUUAUUGACAAAACAGAGACACCGCAGUAUUAUUUGGAACCUUGCGCAGGGGAGAAGGACUUUGCUAUUUUAAGGUUUCAUUCUGGGCCGCCGUACGAGGAUAUCGCUUUUAAGGUCGUGAAUCGUGAAUGGGAAUAUGCUCAUAAACAUGGCUUCAGGUCACAGUUCCACAAUGGCGUCUUUCAACUUUGGUUUCAUUUCAAAAGGUAUCGCUAUCGAAGGUAAAGCUCUGGGCCUCCUCAGAUAUCACGUCCAUAAGGUCGAGUUGAUAUCAGUCACCAUAGCCGAUGUCAGAUUAGACGCAGCAUUAGGAGAGAUCCUGCACGACCUUACAGGGAAGAUAUGUCAUGUCAGAGAUGCCUAGCUCAGUCCUGAAGCCGUCAAACUAGACUUAAGAACGCGCUUGAAUUAACUGGGAGGAAAAUGGAAUUAUUUCUAGAUUUUUAUAACUAAUAAUUUUGAGCCAAUCAUUUACCUGAUGCGGUAAUGUAACAGAGGACGCAUGCGCGCAAAACACUUCCCAAGAGACACAACCCAAGAGACACCUACUAAGAGACACAACCCAAGAGACACAUACUAAGAGACCCAUCCCAAGAGAAACUUCAACAGAAGCACUCUCAUUGCAACACGCAAAAUCACAAAGCAAACUCGCAAUGCAUGUUUUGUACAAAUAAAAUU